UUGAAGACGCUGUCACUCCCUCUACCGUCUCAUGGUCAAAACCAUAAUCACCGUCGCCUCUUUCCUCCUGACAACGCCAUUCUCCAUUCUAGAAUGACCAAGCAUAGACUUGGACUGCACACUCGGCUGUGCUUCCAUCUCUCAAGAACAAAGAGACCUUUAACACGGUGUUUUGUGAUUUAUUUGGGAUGUUACUUCCAUCUCUCAAGAACAAAGAGACCUUUAACAACUUGCCCUUUACCUUCGGAAGCAACAUCCCUAAUAAAUCACAAGACACCGUGUUUUUCACUUGCAGAGAAUUUAAUAGUUCGUGGGUUGUUCGAUUCAGCUCGGAAAGUGAUUCGGAGAAUCAUCAAGCAAUGCCCAUCAGUCUCUGAAGCUAUCUCUGCUGUUGAAUUUUCCAUUUCUCGUGGAGUUGAGCCUGACGCAGCUAACUAUGGUUUUCUAAUUCGGCAACUCGUGACAUCUGGAGAAACCCACAAGACCGAGGUUGUUUAUGUAGAUUGCAUUUUGAACAGAGGUAUUGAACCGAACCAUUUUCUAUUAAAUUCCAUGGUGAUUUGUUAUUGUAAGUUGGGUAAACUGGAGGAAGCUAAGUUGCUUGUCGAUAAACUUGUGGAUAUGAAUUCGAUGCCUUGCAGUAGCACGUGUAAUGAGCUUAUUAAGGGAUUUUGUGGCCAAGGUAGAAUCUUGGAUGGAUGUGAUGUUUUUGUGAAAGCUAUUAAUGCUGAUGUAUUACGCGCUUUCAGUUGUUACAAUAAGUUAGUUGAUGGUUUGUGCUUCCGUGGGUACUUGGAUGAAGCUCUCUGUGUGUUUGAUGAAAUGUGUGAUAGAGGGGUACCGCCCACAGUUCAUUUGUUUAAAACAUUGGUUCUUUCGUUUUGUAAGAGAGGUAGAGUUGAGGAAGCGCAAUUGUUGAGCAUGGAUAUGGAGUCUUAUGGUUUUGUUUUGGAUAAAGUCAUGUACACAGCUCUCAUCAAUGUCUAUUCCAAGACCCAGAAAAUGAAAACGGCUAUGUUGGUAUUUCACAGAAUGCUCAAGUUGGGUUGUGAACCUGAUAAGUAUACUUACAACACACUGAUAAAUGGGUUUACAAACACGAAAUGUCACUCUUAUACUGCUUUAAUCUCUGCACUUUAUAAAGAGAAUCAGUCAGCAAAAGUAGAUGACUUAUACAGGAAGAUGUUGUACACUGGAUUGGUUCCUGACCAUGUUCUGUUUUUUACCUUGAUCAACAAUCAUCCAAAAGGGUCAGAGAUUAGUUUAGCACGCACAUUUUUGCGGGCUAUUGCCAAGAACGGUUGUGGUAUUGACCUCUCUUACAUCCCUAGACCUACCAGUCAUAAAGUUACUUCAGAUAUCAUGCUUGAUAUUGAUUGUCUCUUGGGAGAAAUUGUGGCAAGAAACUUACCUCUGGCUAGUGUUGCUUUCAAUAUAUACAUGAUUGCUUUGUGUCUAGGAGGAGAACUUGAUUCUGCUCAGCUUUGCAUGGAUAAGAUGGCAACCCUUUCUCUUCAGCCUUCACUGUCAGCUUAUAAUUCCAUGAUCAAGUGCCUUUACCAAAAGGGACUACCUGAGGAUGCCAAGUUUCUUGUUGAAGUUAUGCAAGAUCAAGGUCAAGUUCCAAAUCAAGCAACAUUCUUGAUUAUGGUAAAUGAAUACUGUAAACAGGGUGACAUACAAUCAGCACUAGAAGUUCUGGACCAAAUGGAAGAGAGUGGAUUGAAACCUAGUGUUGCUAUAUAUGACUCCGUCAUUGGGUGUUUGGGUAGAAAAAAGAGAAUAGAUGAGGCCCUUGGAGUUUUCUGGAGAAUGAUAGAAGAGGGUUUCAUGCCAAAUACUGUUCUUCAUACUUCACUUAGAAAACAAUUCUUAAGGAAGAGAGAGUUUGAAUUUGCAUUUAAGUUGGUUGAUUUGAUGGAAAGAAGUGAGAUUGAGCGAGAUCUGGUAACUUAUAUUAUUUUGGUCAGUGGCGUUUCUAGAAAUAUUAGGUCACUUGAUGGGAAAGUGCUUGUUCCACAGAGAAGGUAUGAAGAAUCUAAGGAAAUGUUGUUCCGUCUACUUCAUCAGAGUGCUAUGUUGCCUAAGGAAAUUGGUUUGAAAAUCUCAGUUAGCUCUCAAGAACAAAUAAAAUAUCUUGCACUUUGGUUGAUAAACAAAGUGAAGAGAGUUAUUUUAUCACCCAAAGUGCAAGAUAUUUUAUUUGUUCCUGAGAGCUAACUAAGAUUUUCAAACCAAUUUCCUUAGGCAACAUAGCACUCUGAUGAAGUAGACGGAACAACAUUUCCUUAGAUUCUUCAUACCUUCUCUGUGGAACAAGCACUUUCCCAUCAAGUGACCUAAUAUUUCUUAGCCUUAUAUCUUAAUAUUAGCCUUAUCUGGUAUCUUUUUAUGCUUUUAUUGAGCCGAGAGUCUCCAGAAAACAGUCGUCCUAUCUUGGUAGGAGUAAGGUCUGCGUACACUCUACCCUCACCAGACCCCACGUUGUGUGAUUUCACUGGGUUGUUGUUGUAAUAAUAGAGUGGCAAGAAAUAGGCGAAAUUCAUCGAUGGCCCCCUAAAGUUGGCACCGAUUUUCACUUAGACACCUCAACUAGACUUUGUUCAAAAAUGUCACGUGUCAUCAAAUUAUUGGUCAUUUUUUUAAUGCAAAAGUCAUUAUUCAAAAGUCAUUAUAUAUAUAUAUAUAUCACGUGUCUUUAUUUAAUUUAUCAUUUUUGACACGUCAAGCGAGUAUAUUAUACACACUUAAUAUAUUUUGGUGAUUGUCAAAAAAGUGUCAAAAUGACACAUCGGAGUCUUACUUGAGGUGUUUAAAAUGAGCAAAGUCUAGUUGAGGUAUCUAAGUGAAAGUUGAUGUCAACUUUAGGGGGAUACCGAUGGGUUUUGCCCAAGAAAUAUGUAAGUGACACAUAUGCACUCAUUGAAUUGACCUAAACAUUUAGUAUGGGAACCUUGUGCCAACUAGCGCCAACAAUGUAAUUGAGAAUUAUUAAUGUUCCCUUAUUUUAGGAUAAUAUACCAAAGGACAAAUAAUAAAGGGGGAUUUUAAUGCGAAUAUACCAUAUGUUAGUUGGAAUUUCAAUCAUUUAAUCAAAUGCAAAUGUUCUAAACAUUUUAGGAGUUAUUUGGUAGGAUGUAUUUUAAUAGUAUUGAAAUAUAGUGUAUUAAUA